AUGUCUUUCAAGUUACUUACGAUAUUUUCAAAUGAUAUUAUUAAUUUACUUAAUAAUUCUGAAGAAUUUAAUGUUGCAAUUUAUGUUGGAGAAGGGGAUAAUCAAAAAGUCUUUCAAGCGCAUUCAUUAAUCCUUCGAGCAAGGUCAUCUUAUUUUCAUACAGCUCUUUCUAAACAAUGGGUUAGAAAAGAAGGUGAUGAUAAUAUUCUCAGACAACCUAAUAUCUCCCCUCAGGUUUUUGAAAUCAUACUCAAUUAUAUAUAUAGUGGAACAAUUUCAUUAAUCGAUCGAGAUAUUAUGGAAAUAUUGGAGAUAUUAGCAGCAUCUGAUGAAUUAUUGUUAAAUGAUUUAUUGGAUUUUAUUCAAGAAUAUUUAAUAGAAACGAAAAAUGAAUGGUUACAUUCUAGUAUUUUAAAAAUUUAUCAAACAAGUUUGGCUCAUGGAUCAUGUGAAAAAUUAAGAGAAUUUAUACUAGCGACUAUAUCAUCAGAUCCUGAAUUAUUAUUUAAAUCAGCGAAUUUUCUUUCAUUAGAUGUAUCUUUAUUAACACCAAUAUUAAAAAGGGAUGAUUUAGAUAUGGCAGAAGAUGAAGUAUGGGAACAAGUUAUUAGAUGGGGAUUAGCACAACAUCUUUCUUUUAGUGCAAAUAUAAGAGAUUGGGGUACAGAACAAUUUCAAGCAUUAUCCUCAACUUUACAAGAAUGUAUAUUUUUAGUUAGAUUCUUUCAAAUGAGCUCAAGUGAUUUAUAUGAUAAGGUUUGGCCAUUUAGAGCAAUUUUACCCCCCGAGUUAGAAGAUGAUAUAGUUAGAUGUCAUUUAAAACCUGGAAGUAAACCAACAUUUGGAGUAAAUACACCAAGAGGAAAUUCUACUUUGGUUGGACAUCAACAAAUGUCUCGUAUCGCAGAUUGGAUUGAUAGGAAAGAUUCACCAACUUAUACUGGAGUAGAUUUACCAUAUAAAUUUAAAUUGUUAGUAAGGGGAACAAGAGAUGGAUUUGACUCACAAACAUUUCAUGCAAAAUGUGAUGAACAAGGACCUACUUUCGUUAUAAUGAAAAUUGCCGUUUCAGGUGAAGUUAUUGGUGGAUAUAAUCCUAUUAAAUGGCAAAUUGGAACUGGUCAUUUAGAAACGAGGGAUAGUUUCUUAUUUUCAUUUGGUAAUAGAGGUUGCUUAGAAGAUGCUAAAAUUAGCAGAGUAUUAAGGGCUAAUUAUGCCAUACCUCUCAAGGAUGAAAGUUAUGGUCCUUGUUUUGGUGAUAAAGAUCUUUCGAUGCAAGGUAAUUUUUCUCAUACGGAUAGUUGUAGUUGUAAAGAAGAUGAUUAUGAAGCUCCAAUUGUCAAACAUCGUAAAUUUUCAGCUGUCGAAUAUGAAGUUUUCAAAGUUAUCAAAAAGUGA